GCGUACAAGAGGAUUCCCGGAGAACGUGCACCAAAAUGGCUGCCACUCACCUCGACGUUGGCCUACGUUGCAUCAAAUACCUACUAUGCGCAGUCAACUCUCUCUUUGCGUUGACUGGGAUCAUGAUAAUAUCAGUUGGAACAACAAUUUACGCAGUUUAUGAAGACUUCUCUCAUUUUCUCGAUCCAAAAUACUUUUCUCCAGCAACUCUUCUAAUCGUAGUAGGAAUCCUAGUAUUUGUGAUAGCUUUUCUAGGAUGUUGCGGAGCUCUUAAAGAAAGUACCUGUAUGGUUCUUGUGUUUGCAGUAUCGCUUUCUGUAAUUCUCAUAUUGGAGUUAGCUGCUGCAAUUGCAGCUUAUGCCCUUCAGGAUGACAUAAAAGGUCUCCUAGCUGAAAAUAUUAAUGCAACCAUGCAUCAAUAUGGAACUAAUGCAGAAGCCACAGAUGCCAUUGAUUUUCUACAGUCCAGGCUUUACUGCUGUGGAUACAAUGGAUAUACAGACUGGGAUGAAAUUAUGAAGGAGAAAAACAUUGACCUACCAAAAUCUUGUCGACCUUGGGCGGACGUUAAUGAAAACGUUACAUGCAUUUCUAAUAGUUAUGAUAUUACAUGUACUCCUCAUCAGACUGGCUGUAUCAGGCAUCUUUCAGUUAUCAUUCAUAGAAGUGCACUUUACAUUGCUACUGGAGCUGUGGCCAUUGCUCUCAUUCAGUUGACUGGAAUAAUGUUUGCCUGCAUGUUAGGCAAAUCAAUUAGAAAACAGAAAACAGAAAGAGAACGACGUAGAUGGGAACUAAGAGAAAGUUUAGUUAAUGGAUAUCAACCAUUAGGAAAAGCAGACCCUUUUACCACUUUCCCUGUUGUUUAUAUGUCUUCUGAUCCUUUAAAAAAUACCGUAUAA